AUGGAGGAUAGGAAGAGACCUCCCAUCAGCACCGCUGAGGACCUCGCCCCGCCCAGCAAGCGGCAUCAGACCGUCAAUGGAAGCAAGUCCAAGGGCGACGGUGGUGACACCGCCGAGGAGCACUGGAUCGAGAACUAUCAAAAGGGCGCCAUUUAUCGACAAUUGCAAGAAACAAAAAGGGAAAAGGCCGACUUCGAGUCGCGCGUUGAACAACUGCAGAAAGCCCUCGUAUACCGCGAAGACCAUAUCCGCAUCAUUGAAGCAUGGUGGAAACAGGUUCUGGAGGAGAUGGAACAGCUCGCGGAUCCGGCACUAUCGCCUCUCUCGGGCCCGUCCAACCCUCCAUAUAUCACUAGCACUCACUUUAAAGACAACGACGAAUUUCAACGACACCUGGAUGACACCGCCUCUGACAUCAAGAAGCGGGCCGAGGCCGUGCUCAAUCGCAUCGCGAACGCCAGGGGAGAGAUUACGCCGAACAUUGCUGACCUGGAGACGCGGGUCAACGCCUUACUCGCUCAGCAAAAGGAUUAUCUGGUCAAGUUGGACCGUGCACAGCAAGAGAACGAGCAACUGUCGGAGGACCUGAACAAGGCCAGCCUCCGAUUCUUCAAGGCCGAGAAGCGCAUGGACAGGCUGAAGAGCGCCCAAGUGCAAAAGCUCGAACAACAGUUCAUCGCCAGCGCCAAACCGACAAUCGCCGGCGGAGAAAAUGGAAGUGCCGCAGCAGAAGCAAAUGGAAACGCCGCCGAGGCACUCAUCAAGUUCGAGGAGGCAUCGGCGGUCGUUAAGAAGCAGAAGGAACAACUGGAGUCUGCGCAGGCGGACAUCAAGACCCUGCAGGAGGAGAACUCGGCGCUCAAGGCGCGAAGGGAGGGCCUCACCGAUGAAGACUUCAUCCGGACGGAUGUGUUCAAGCAGUUCAAGGGCCAGAACGAGGACCUGAUCAAGCGGAUCAACCACUUGGAGGCCACGAACAAGCAGCUGAGGGAGGAAGCCGAGAGGCUUCAGGCCGAGCGGACGGCGUUCCGGACCAAGCUCAACGACGAGGCGCAGAUGAUCACCUCGGAUCUCGAGCGCCAGGUUGAGGAGCGCGACGCCGACCUGACCCGGAUCCGCGCGGCCCGGGACGAGUGGUACGCCAAGGCUAACAUGCUGGAAACGCGAGAGAAGGAGGAGAAGCAGGCGCUGCAGCACCUCAAGGAGCUCACAGGCGCCCAGGAGGACCGAAUCGCUUCCCUGGAGCUGGAGCUGCAGCGCCUCAAGCCCACCGAGGACCAGCAGAUGGCCGACCCUGAUCCCGAACUGGAGAGCAUGCCCGCGGACGAGCUGCUCUCCAAGUACAAGAAGCUCCAGCAAGAUUUCGAGUCUAUCAACAAGGAGCUGCCCGCCCUUCAACAAGCGUACAAGCGAUCGAUGGGCCUGGCGCAGAAGAAGGUCAUGGAGUACACAGUACUCGAGGAGCGCGCAUCGGCUGCCCUUGCCGAGAAGCAAAAGGUCGACCAGAAAUACUUCGCCGUGAAGAAGGACGCCGACAUGAGAGACCGCGAGCUCAGCGUGCUCCGCAGCCAGAACCGCAAGAGUUCCGAGAUAGUGACUCAGCUCAAGGAGGUCGAGGCCCAGAACCGAGUCCUGAUUAGCAACCUCGAAAAGCAGCUGUCGGACCUGAAGCAGGCCAACGCGGCCAUGGCGGCGGAGCACAAGAAGAUGGAGUCCGCCAGCUCCGAUGCGGCGCGCCGGGCCGACUCGUACAAGAACCAGGUCAGCGAGCUGACGAACUUGGUCAAGUCGCGCGACGCAGCCGUGGCGGCGGCCCGAGAACGCACCACCACCCAGGAGGCCGAGGUCGAGCGUCUCAAGGUGCGCGCAGACAUGGUGCAGAAGGACAAGGACGAGUGGAAGCGCAAGGCGUUGAGCAACUCGUCGGAGGAAGAGGAAAUGCUCAGGACCUUCGCACUCUGCACGGUAUGCCGCAACAAUUUCAAAGACACGGCCUUGAAGACAUGCGGGCACCUGUUCUGCCACCAGUGCGUAGACGACCGCAUCAGCAACCGCAUGCGCAAGUGCCCCAACUGCUCUAGGGCGUUCGACCGGUUGGACGUCAUGUCCGUCCAUCACUAG